ACCACGAUCUUACUUGCACUGCUCCUCACAAGAGUCACUUGCCAACUUUUUCUCUUCAAAAUCUCUCUCGAUCACAGAUAUUAAUCACAAAAUGCGAACCAAUAACUUUCUUUUCAUUCUCUUCUUCCUCUUCUUCCUCCUCUUCGUUACUUCGAUUUCUACUAAUUUAACUCCUGGUGUUGGAGGCAAAAAAGUGGAAUCUCCAGCAAUGUCUACUGGGCCUAACGGUGAAGUUGGUUCGCCUAGCGGUGCUUCUGGUUCGGGCCACGGGUCCAACUAUGAUUACAGUUGGGGCUGGGGCUCGAGCCCAGGUGCUGGAUGGGGUUAUGGGUCAGGCUCGGGCCGCUCACCGAAUGGGUUUGGGAGGGGUUAUGGGUUUGGAUCUGGGUCUGGUUCUGGCUCUGGCUCUGGUAGUGGCUCGGGGUAUGGUUAUGGGUCAGGAGGUGGCGGUGCACACGGAGGUGGACAUGGUUCUGGAAGUGGUUCUGGCAAUUCUGCUGGUGGUGGCACAGGUGGUGGAAGCGGCGGAGCAGCUGGUUUCAACAAUCAUGCGCCAUUAAAUACCAGGGAGAAGAACAACCAUCAUGGUUGACUGACUAAUGAAGUGGUCUCUGAAGUCCUAUUCCUAUCACCCUAUGCUAGCAUGCUUGUUGUAAUACAUACAUAUAUAUAUAUAUAGCACUUGCUCCAUUAUAUAGUGCAAAGUGUGUAACUUUGUUAUUCUGGUUGUGCUGCGUAUGAUAGCACUUAUAUUAUAUGUACCACCUACGUUAUGAAGUGUCGUUAUCUUACAAAAUCUCUCUUAUUCUGUCAA